AUGUUUAGUCCCUACCACCUAAAGGCGCAGACGCUGUACUCGUGCUGCACCUCGCUGUUCGAAAAGUCGCUUUACGACCUCAUCCGAGGGCUACGGAACCACAAAGGCAAUGAGAAGGAGUAUAUUCAGAAGAGCCUCAAGGAGUGCCGCGCCGAAGUUCGCAGCCAGGAUAUGGGGGUCUGGGUUGCUGAUGUUGCGUGGUUAGAUCUCAAGGCGACGGCGCUGCUGAAGCUCAUCUAUCUGGAGAUGGUCGGGCAUGACAUGUCGUGGGCGUCGUUCCAUGUACUCGAGGUCAUGUCGUCGCCCAAAUACCAUCAGAAGCGGGUUGGAUAUCUGGGAGCUGUUCAGAGCUUUAGGCCCGAUACUGAGGUUCUGAUGCUGGCUACUAAUCUGCUGAAGAAGGACCUUGGCACGACGACACCGACGGUUAUAUCUCUCCCGAUAGCGACCCUUCCCCACGUCAUUACACCCUCAUUAGCGCUCUCGACACUCCAGGACUUACUACCGCGUCUAAGCCAUAGCCAUUCGAACAUUCGCAAGAAAACGCUGGUUACACUGUAUCGACUUGCGCUAGUAUAUCCCGAAGCUCUGCGCGCAGCAUGGCCCAAGAUCAAGGAGCGGCUUAUGGACCCCGACGAGGACCCCAGUGUUACAGCAGCUAUCGUCAACGUGGUUUGCGAGCUUGGCUGGCGAAGACCGAAUGACUUUCUUCCCUUGGCCCCUCGACUGUUUGAGCUCUUGGUUGAUGGUGGUAAUAACUGGAUGGCCAUCAAACUCAUUAAACUUUUUGCAACAUUGACGCCCCUGGAACCUCGACUUGUGAGGAAGUUAUUACCCCCUUUGACCAAUAUUAUUAGGACCACUCCUGCUAUGUCAUUACUUUACGAGUGCAUCAACGGAAUCAUUCAGGGUGGCAUUUUGGGGAACGCCGAUGAUUCGGGUACCGACGAAAUCGCAACGUUAUGUGUUAACAAGUUACGAGGGAUGAUCAUGAUAGAUGGCGAUCCUAACCUCAAAUACGUUGCUUUGCUAGCGUUUAACAAGAUUGUUACCACACAUCCUUAUCUUGUAUCCCAGCAAGAGGAUGUGAUCAUGGAGUGUAUCGACAGCCCAGAUAUCACUAUUCGAAUACAGGCGCUUGACUUGGUGCAAGGUAUGGUCACCGGUGACAACCUCGUGUCAGUCGUGAGCCGUCUCAUGAAACAACUCAAAUCAUCCAUGCCCGCCCGAGACAAGUCUCAACCUGGAACUCCUCCCAAUGACCCGAAUGAGUCGGAGGAUGAGUAUGCAGAGUCUGUUCAAAGGCCUAAAGCCGAGUCAACACCUUUGCCCGACGAUUAUCGAAUCGACGUCAUUGGAAGGAUUCUAGGCAUGUGUUCGAAGGACAAUUACUCUAGUGUUUUGGAUUUCGAUUGGUACAUUGACGUUCUCACACAACUUGUUCGCAUGGCGCCAGAAUCUCGCAAGAUCAACGAAGAUCUGGGUCCAGCAGAGAAGGCGCGUGCUAAUAUCUCAGAAAAGAUUGGUGACGAACUACGUAAUGUUGCCGUCAAGGUUCGGGUGAUGCGAUCAACAGCUGUGAGAGCGGCAGAGAUUAUUCUCAGUCAACUCAGCAGCGAUACCCCUCCAGGAUACAGUAUUAACUCAGGCGCCCUGAAAUCCGUAGCAUGGAUUAUGGGUGAAUACGCCUCACAGUUAGCUAUUCCAGACGAAGGUCUGAACGGCCUGUUGCAGCUUAUUCCCCGAACAAACGCCCCUGAAGUUCUGACGACAACCCUCCAGGCUGUUAUCAAAGUUUUCGCGACCAUAGUGGGAGAUGAGAGUGAGCCGUGGACAGCAGAGAGAAAGUCAAUCGUUUCACUACUUAUGGCGCGCAUCAUUCACGUCUUUGAGCCGUUAGCAUUGCACCCGAAGCUCGAGGUCCAGGAGCGAGCUGUUGAGUUUACAGAGCUGCUGAAGCUUACGGCCGAGGCCGCUUCAUCUCAACCAGCUUCGACCGAUGACGUUGAGCAUGACCCGCCGUUACUCCUUACACAGGCCAUUCCUUCACUGUUCAAUGGCUGGGAACUCAACUCAGUGUCCAAAGGUGCUCAGCUCAAUGUCCCAGUGCCCUCAGGCCUUGACCUGGAUGAACCUAUCCAUGCAAACUUGGCCAAACUGCUAUCAGAAGCCGACUCUGUCACAUUGGCGACAGACGAUUCGGAUGAAUUCGAGACAUACUAUCACCAGAAGCCACCACCCACGAGCAUUGACUCAUCGGCUCCGGCCAUCAGCAGGAUAGCCGAGCCCGCAGAGGAGUAUGUGAGUUCCUACCAGCAAGCUACUGAAGACACGUAUCUGGAUGCGGAUAUUGUUGCUCGGAGAAAAGCAGAUCGUCUUGAGCGCAACCGAGACGACCCCUUUUACAUCCCUAGCAGCAACGCCACUCCUCGCACAUCUACUCCUAUUCACAACAUCCUUCAAAGCAGCAAUGGUCCUGACUUGGAUAUCGACUCUAUACCUAUCAUGCAACUAGAUCUAUCACGAGCUGGAACGCCUGCUGCACAGCCCCCACGCCCACUGCCAAAACCACGGCAAAAGGUAGUCAUCGCUGCAGACGAAACUCUCGAAGGCAGUGCGAGCGGAGGACUUCGAUCGUAUGAUUCGGAGAAUAAUUCGGACAGCUUCUCGAAAUCCAAGGUGCUCAAGCCCAAGACAAAGCAGGGUUUACUUGGUGUCGACUCAAGCGGCAUUGGGUCUUUCAGUCUCGAAGGCAAACCAUCAACUGACUUCGAUUACGAACAGCAACAGCGCGAAGACGUCGAGAUGCAAAAAGCCAUGAAAGAAGUCGAGCGUCUUCGUUUAGAGAUGCAACGCGCAAAUGAGCGCAUCGAUGUUGCGCAGGGGGUCGAUGUUGAGGGUACAGUUGUCAAGAAGAAGAAGAAGAAGCCCAAGAAGGACGCCGCCGUGGAAGGGGUAGAGGGUGAAGAAGUUAAACCAAAGAAAAAGAAGAAGAAGGUCCCGCGUGCUGCAAUUCUCGACGAGGGCGGUGACGAUAACAGUGCCCUUGGUGUCGAGUCUCCUGCGUCAGGGGGUGACGUUGCAGUCGCCAAGAAGAAGAAAAAGAAGAAGCGCGUUGCUGAAAUUCAAGAGUAG